UCCCCCCUCAUCGGACCGACCGAACCUCACCCUAAUUUAUUUUUUUCUAUUCGGAAGUUCGUCCCCCAGUCGUAGAUUUUACUCGGACAACGCACAGACCAAAAUCGGGAACAAAUAAAAGAAAGUGCAAAUCGUUUUUUUGCAUACGUAAUUUAUUCGGACUCUCAUUGAUACUGCGGUGGAGGUGGAAGAAAUACUCAUGUGCAUUCUAUGAGAAUAGGCUCUUUAUCACUGGAAAAUUCAACCGGGCUCAGGAUGGGGAGAAGACGUAUUUGUACUUUGGGGGCUGUGAUUUUCAGUGUUUUUAUGGUUAUUGGGGCCUUGGGAGAGAGCCACACUCAUGAUCAGGAUGCCAGUGAUGAUGAGGAUAACCAAAAACCCGUUUACAAGAGCCCGACUGUCUCUGGGUUUGCGUACUUAGCCGAGCAUUUCGAUGAUCGGGAGAGAUUCAGUGCUAUUUGGGUACAGUCGCAGGCUAAGAAGGAGGAGAUCGAUGAGGAUAUCGCUAAAUACGAUGGUGUUUGGGCCGUCGAGGAGCCAAGCAGAAGUGUUCAAGACGGCGAUUUGGGCCUAGUAUUGAAGAGCAAAGCUCGACAUGCUGCCAUAGCAGCUCUCCUCAACAAGCCCUUCAAGUUUGAGGAAAAGCCACUGGUCGUCCAGUACGAAGUUAAUUUCCAGGAGGGCCAGGAGUGCGGGGGUGCCUACCUGAAGCUCCUCACCCAGGAGGAGGGCUCCCUGGACCUGACAAAUUUCCACGACAAGACCCCCUACACUAUCAUGUUUGGGCCCGACAAGUGUGGCACCGAUCACAAGCUCCACUUCAUCUUUCGUCAUAAAAAUCCCAUCAAUGGUAGUAUCGAGGAGAAGCACAGUAAAAAAGCCAAGGAACGACUCGAGGAUUACUUCAAGGACAAAGUACCCCAUCUCUACACACUCAUCGUUAGAUCUGACAAUUCAUUUCAAGUCAAGGUCGACGGUAAAAUAGUGAAUGAGGGCUCUCUCCUCGAUGACUUCACACCACCGGUCAAUCCACCUCUGGAGAUUGAGGAUCCGAAUGACAUUCAGCCCGAGGACUGGGACGACAGGGAGAAAAUACCAGAUCCUACGGCUGUUAAACCAGAGGACUGGGACGAAGAUGCACCUGCCCAGAUUGUCGAUGAGGACGAUGUCAUGCCGGAGGAUUGGCUCGAGAAUGAACCACCCACCAUUCCAAAUCCUGAUUCAGCUAAACCUGACGACUGGGAUGUGGAGAUGGAUGGCGAGUGGGAACCACCGGAGAUACCCAAUCCCAAGUGCGAGGGCAUCUCUGGGUGUGGAGUUUACAAACAAAAAUUGAAGAAGAAUCCGAGGUACAAGGGCAAGUGGCUUCCUGCUCUUAUUAAUAAUCCUAAUUAUAAGGGACAGUGGAAGCCCAGGCUCGUUCAUAAUCCGGAGUAUUUCAAUGAUCAACAGCCUUUUAAGAUGAUGCCAAUUGGCGCUAUUGGAUUUGAACUCUGGUCAAUGUCUCCGGACAUUCUCUUCGACAAUCUCAUAAUCACUGACGAUGAAGAUGUUGCUAAACAGUGGGCCGACGACACCUUCGAGAUUAGACGAAAGAAAAUCGCUCAGGAAGGUGCGACAUUGUGGGGUCGAAUGAUGAAAUCCAUGAACUAUAAGCCCGGUUGGUGGGCGGUUUAUUUCAUCUACUGCGCUGUACCAAUUGUCAUUUACAUUUCGUACCUCUUCAGAAGAUCACGCGAGGAUUCGUCUGACGACGAGAAGGAUCCGCUUGCUCCCACUGAUGAGACCAAGUACCCGACCCCCGAUGGUAAUGCCAACCCUGAGGACGAAGUGCCUCGUUUACCCCGCCCUGAUGAACCACUUAACGAUAAUAAUGAAAAUCAUGAAGAGACUGAUGAAAUUAUCGCGAGUGAAAAGGACGAACAGGGAGGAAGUGGCGAUGGACCCCGCCGGAGAAAGCCAAAUAAAGAAUAAAGAGUAGAUGAACAACUAGGAAAAAAAAAAUUGAAUUAUCUGUAACAUAAGUCACAUUCCACCGUAUGUCCACUGAAAGAAAGAAGGAAAAACAUUUGUUAUUGCAUUUACGUAACUAUAAAACAUGUUCAAACGCGCCAUUAUUCGUGUGCAUGCCAUGCAACUAUUCUCUCCCUCAUUCUCCCUGAAUUUGCAUAAUGAAUUUUUUUUCAUCCAGUCACGUAUUUAUAUUCGUAUUGGUUCAAUUACGAUUAAAUGGUAAUAUUAAUUCCUUUAACUAUUGGUGUUUGGAGGCACUGAUGAUCGAGUAUUGUUUAUACAUAUGUACACGAUAGAUACAUUAAUGGUAAAAUUAUGAAUACGAGUUGUACAAUUGUGCUUGCCUCCCAAUGUUUGUUUCGAAGUAGUUGACGCACCUGUGUCUUGUUUUCACUUAUUUCUCUCAACAGAGAGGAGGAGGUUUUUGAAAUUUGAUAAUGUGAGAUGAAAUAUUUCUCUGUAGAACAUUUCUUCGUAAUGAUUGUUGAUUUUUUAUGAAUAAAUCACGAUUUGAAAGACA